GCAUCCUCGGCGCGCUCUCAGUCAUCAGGAAACAGUCACUCAUGUCUCUCUUUCUUUCUCUCUGUCAGUCAGUACAGUAAUGAACUGGAAAUCGCUAGUUUUCGGUACUGUGUGCUUACUGGUUUUGUCUGAGGAUGCUGUCGCGCAUGGGAAGCGAAAUGGGAAAACGGUGACCUUCUCCCGGGCCGCGCGCGGUCAAUGGAGACGCAAACGGGACACCUGGACGGGACGCGCGAGUUUCACAGCGUGCAAGUCAGCUCUGUCUCCCAAAGACCGCGCUCUUCUGCUCGAGCAAACACAUGAGACGGGUUUCCAUGGCGAUGAUGGCUCCAGUUUUACACUCACGUGGGUUGGAGAUGGAACUGGGAUUAUUCUGGUCCUUUCCACAGUCAGCGUACCAUCAGACUCAUUUUAUGAAGGUGGUUCCACGCGCCUCUACAGAAGUGAAGACUAUGGAAAGUCUUUCCAUGAUAUCUCCCAUGCCAUCAGCAACGCGUUUAUAAAGAAGGACUUUGGAAUUAGUGCUGGACCUGGGAACCCUCAACAGGUGAUUCUGACGGCCAACAUACCUUUCACCAAGACCCCAGGAGGAGUCAUUUAUACCUCGAUGGAUGCAGGUGUGACAUUUAAAUCAGUUCAACUUCCAUUUCACCCAGCACAGGCUAUACAGUUCCACUACCAGCACCCAAAAUACCUUGUGGCCAUCAGCAUCGACGAUGGGUUAUGGCUCUCAAAAGACUUUGGGAACAGUUGGUCUGAAGUUCACGAAGGAGUUAAUUCUUUCACAUGGGGUUCUGGUAUUACUCUGUUCUUCAGUUCAAGUCGAAAAGGAACAGUGGAUGCAGCGAGACGGGGCGAGCUUAUUCUAAGACGGACGCAGGAUUUUGGCAAAACCUUCCUUACCAUCGCCAAGAACAUCUUUUCUUUCGGCUACAUAGGGGGCUUCCUGUUUACCUCCGUCAUGGAAAAACUGGGUUCUCCUCGAGUUAUCUAUGUGUCGUCAGACCAGGGUGACCAUUUCAAUAAAGCUCAGCUACCAUCAGCCACUACCGAACAGUUCUACUCGGUUCUGGACGGCGAUGAGGACAUGAUCUUCAUGCACGUGGACAACCCAGGAGACACAUAUUUUGGGACAAUCUACACAUCGGAUGACAGAGGAAUCCUGUAUUCCAAGUCUCUAGAGCGCCACCUGUUCGGUGGGGAAGGGAAGAGUGAUUUCACUAAUGUGACCUCUUUGAGAGGGGUCUACCUCACCAAUGUACUGGAGGAAGAUGGACGUAUUCGCUCAGUCAUUUCAUUUGACAGAGGUGGAGAAUGGAGAUUUCUGAAGAAGCCAGAGAAUGUGGAAUGCCCGGAAAUCUCGCAGAAGUGCAGCUUACAUAUCCACGGAGAGCACAGUCACUUCAGUGGAAUUACUCCCAUGCUGCCUCUCUCUGAACCCACUGCCAUUGGUCUGGUCAUUGCUCAUGGUAGCGUCGGGGACUCCAUAUCAGCUGGCCGGCCGGAUGUGUAUGUGUCUGGAGAUGGAGGAUACACCUGGUGGGGGACUUUGAGAGGACCACAUCUCUAUAGCAUCCUGGACUCUGGAGGUCUUAUAGUGGCCGUUGAGGCACACAGAGACCAGGAGAUCAGCUCUUUAAAGUUUUCCACAGAUGAAGGCCAAUGCUGGAACGUAUUUAAUUUCACCGAUCACCCAAUCUUCCUGGCAGGCCUUGCAUCUGAGCCUGGCACUAAGACCAUGAACAUCAGCAUCUUUGGUUACCGACCAGACGACGAUGAUCAGCCCAUGUGGGUGGCAGUCACCAUAGACUUUGAGCAUCUGCUAACCAGAGAGUGUGAUGAAAAGGACUAUGUGAAUUGGUUGGCUCACUCCGAAUACGGAAGUGACACAGAAACGGACGGAUGUGUUCUUGGCUACAAAGAGACAUUCAGAAGACUGAGAAAACUGUCAGCCUGUCGAAAUGGAAGAGGCUAUGUGGUCAGCAGGCAGCAGAAGCCAUGUCCUUGUACUAAAGAAGACUACAUGUGUGACUAUGGUUUCUAUCGACAUGAAAACACAUCUGAAUGUCUACCACAGCCUGAACUCCUGAAUCAAACCCUAGAUAUUUGCUUAAAUGGAGAACUGCAGACAACAGGGUAUCGCAAGAUUCCCGGUGAUAAAUGUAAGGGUGGUUUCAGUCCUCUAAGCAUCAAAAAGCACUGCGAGACAGUCAGUCCAACAUCAAAUUUGCCAAUUGAGCGAUCGUUGUUUCCUUUAUUGCAGAAGGGCAUGUUGGCUCUUAUUGUGGUGUGUUCAUGUGUGGGGCUCAUAAGUUUGGUAGUAGGUGCAGCAUUAAUCAUAACAAGGAAAAUGAAUUGCAGGCACAGGUUACCAGCAUAUCACUUCUCUGCGCUGCAACUCCAAGACGAUGAUCUGUGUAUAAACCCAGAGAGCGGCCCCAGCAGCAAACGGCACAGUUUAGACGUUCCGGAUGAUUCAGAUGAUGAUCUCAUUGAAUGAACAGCAUUUAAAGCCUGCCUCUUCAGACUUUGCAGUCCAAAACUAUCGAACCAACAUCUGAGCUAAAGCGUGCAACUGGACAAAAAAAUGCCAAAAGUGACUGUGAACUUUCUGGGAAGAAAAGU